AGGGGCCCAGAUUUUCAGUUCAAACCUAUCGGAUAGCUUUUGACUCGUCUCAUAUCUAGAAGGUAUAGCGAGAAAAUGGCCCGUCUGUUCCUUGUUGUAGUGGCCCUUGGGCUUAUCCAAUGUGGACUUGGAAAUAACAUCUUUGAUGCCGAGAUCGAAGCUGACGGCUUGGAGUCUCUGGCCAGACAAAACUUUCACAAAAGAAUCAUCAACUUAGUGAACCAGCAAAUCAAUGUGUAUCUGAACGCGAGCUAUGUGUACACAGCCAUGUCCAACCAUUUUGACCGGGACUCAGUGGCUCUCCCUGGCUUCAGUCAUUACUUCCACGAAGCUGCGGAAUUCGAACGAGAAAAGGCUGAAAGUUUGAUGAAGUACAUGAACAAGAGAGGAGGCAAAGUGGAGCUGGGCAAGAUUGAGGCCCCAUUACGCCAGGAGUGGCCUAACAGUUUAUCUGCAAUGGAGGAUGCACAGAGAAUAGAGGAAGACAUCUUCGAGACGCUGAUGCAGCUUCAUCGCGUGGCGGAUACUCCAACCAAGAAACGAAAAGCCGACAUCCACUUGGCAUCGGUUUUGGAAGACACCUACCUCCACGAUCAAAUCGAGCAGAUCAAAAAGAAGGCUGAUUACAUCACGGAGUUAUCACGUGCCAUGCGUCACACAACGCCAGGUCUUGGAGAAUUCAUCUUCGACCAGAAACUUCGGUAACCAGGGUUCAUUCGUUUGCUUGGUAACUUUCCAUCCAGUUCAGUGCUGCCGCAUUGCUGACUUCCAUAAACGAAAAACCUUCCCACGGGUACAGUUAAUGUCCAUAAAAUGCGGACACGGACAAGAACGUGAAAUCAUCCAAUGUGCUGAUAUGCAUGCGGUUGCUUUGUGAAUAAAACAGUUCCCAGUACACCAACACAUGGUCUUAUUUUUACGUUAUCCUAAAAUGUUCCUUUUUUCUACACACAAGAAUUAUGAACAUAUAAUAUAUUCAUAAUACAUAUUUAUAAUAGUAGUGUGAGAGAGUUUUUCAAAGUGUGACAAAUAUAAUAUAUAUCUAUAUAACAGGACUAACGGCAGAUAUCUAUUAGUCAAGGAGUUACCACCCUGAGAUUAGAAUGAUUCCUGGUGCUUGUAUGUUUGUCUGACGUGUUGAGAGUAAACUG